CUUUGAUGACCAGUGUUAUUCUUAUCGUAGUUUACAAAUCCAAGCAUAAAAACGUUACUCAACUUUGAAGUUUUGAGACAGACGCCCCCCUUUUCACAUACACUCACACACAUGCACUUAUUAACGGAAGGAAGGUUAUUAUGAUACUUUUGGGGUAUCUUCUUUUUCCAUUAUAAUUAUUCUGUUGAUUCAAGGAGCUGGAAAUACGAAGAAUGAAGUUCUCAGGCGGAGUAAAUUCGAUAACUGUUUAUUCACAGGUUUUGUGUUUGAGCUUGAGAUAGGGAAGCUAGAGAUAAAGUGUUAGACAAACUUGCAGCGAUAAUUUCAAAGUAGUCAGCCGGUGGUAGCUAUAACAACGACUAACAAUAUGGCGUCACAACAGUCGGAAACUUUGUCCAAUGAGUACUUUUUCUAAAUUAUUUUCUUGUUCAUCUCAUUCCUCAAACAACAAAGUCAAGAAGAUUUAGCGCAUCAAUGAUGAGGAAAAUAUCUGAAGAUGUGGAAGUGACAGAAGAAGUCAGUUCUUCAGAAAUCAAUGUUAGCCCAGACGAAACUCCUAUCACCCAUUGUAUUCUACAUAAUAGCGUUAAACUUCUGGUCGAUACGUUAAACGAUGAAGAAAAUGAAUUGUUAGUGCCUCCGUUAUUGAACGAACGCAAUGCUACGGGUAAAUCACCCCUGGAGUUGUGCGCUAUUCUGGGGCGAACUGACAUCAUGAGAGAGUUGUUGUCAAAGGGAGCGGACGUCAACCUAGCCAACUGUGAAGGGUACACUCCUGCUCAUUAUGCAUCUGCCUGGGGUCAAGUUGCUGUUCUCAAAAUCCUGACAGAGUAUGGUGCUGAUCUUACAAUAAAUAAUAUCCGUAAUGAAAGCCCAAAGGAUAUAGCCCAACGUUAUGGAAAAGUUGAAUGCAUUGACUUCAUUGACUGGGCUUUUGCCAAAGAAAGUCUUUUGGCCAGAAUUAAAGCUAUACAAGAUGUACUUAUUGAACCAGAGAAAAAACCCUCUAGGGAAGAAAAGAACCUUAUUAUAAAUUCUUGCAAAGAAAAACUGGCAUGGAUUGAAAAUUCUCCUACAGCAACAACCCAAGAAUUCAUCUCACAGCAAGUUGUUUUGGAUACUGCAUUGUCUGCCGUACUAUCUAAAAUUACCACCUCCCGCAAAUAAACUGAAAAAGAGAGGUUGCUUUGACAAUCUGAAUAAAUCAACAGUCUGAGGGUGUACUGUCCAAAAUAGAUUCCUUUUCAGAGAUUCCAGUUCACUCUGUUCUUAAUAUUAUCGAUUUGAUUUAUUAUCCAGACAUUGAUAAUGAACACUUGUUCAUCAGUCAAUUUAUAGGGUUUCUUUUGUAUUGGAAAUAAAUCAAUGUUAAUUGCUGAUGGUUGAAAAAGACAGGAAAAUUAUCUAUCAGAGGUGAGUAAUUAUAUCUUAGACUACAAUUUGAUACUUUUUCCUUUCUAAUAAAAUGAACAUAAAAUAA